AUGGCGACAGAAUGGAGCGGGCAGCAGGGUUAUAUUCUCACUGUCGUUAUCUGCCUGUGGUCGGGGGUCGGGGGGCGCACGGAGGCGGCCGCUGCAGCGGCAGCGGCGGCAGCAGCGGCGGGGUCCGGCGGCAGCAGCAGCGGGAGCCAGGUGCUCGGCAUGCGGCUGGAGAGGAGCGACAAGCCGGCCAGCACCAAUGACGACGGUGUCAUCCAGGUGACAGAGGAGAGCUCCGUGCAGCUCCGGUUUUACGGGGUGCAGCUCCACUCGGGCGCCUGGACGCAGAUCCGCUUCAUGGAGAUCUUGGAGGCGGAGGACGCGGCAGCGGAGGAGGAGGAAGAGGAGGAGGAGGCGGUGGCGGCUGCUAGAGGAGGCAGCAGCGGCAUGAUGGAGGCAGACAGGACUUGUGUUGACUUCACGAAGGACAUCAGCGUCGGGACCUUCAUGAACGUGAGCAGCAGAGGCACGUCCGGGCUGCUCACCGUCACCGUGAAGCCGCUGCGCAAAAGCGAGCCGCGGAAAGAGUACGCGGUGUGCACGGUGAGCGCGGACGGCAGCAGGUGGGUGCUGCUAGGAGACAGUGAUGGCAGGGUGCUGGUGCUGGAGGAGAAGCACUCUCUGCUGCCCAUGUGGCUGCAGGCCAUCCUCAUUUCCUGUCUGCUGGUGCUCUCUGGAAUAUUCUCCGGGUUGAACCUGGGCCUCAUGGCGCUGGACCCCAUGGAGCUGCGCAUCGUGCAAAGCUGCGGCACCGACAAGGAGAAGAAAUACGCACGGAAGAUCGAGCCGAUCCGCAGCAAAGGGAACUACUUGCUGUGCUCGCUGCUGCUCGGUAAUGUCCUCGUCAACACCACGCUGACCAUCCUGCUGGAUGACCUCAUCGGCUCCGGUUUGGGCGCUGUGGUGGCCUCCACCAUCGGGAUCGUCAUCUUUGGAGAAAUCGUCCCUCAGGCGCUGUGUUCGCGCCACGGUCUGGCCGUUGGAGCUAACACCAUCCUGCUCACCAAGUUCUUCAUGCUCUUCACCUUCCCCGUGUCCUUCCCGGUCAGUAAGCUGCUGGAUGUCCUGCUGGGUCAGGAGAUCGGCACCGUGUAUAACCGGGAGAAGCUGGUGGAGAUGCUGAAGGUGACGGAGCCGUACAACGACCUGGUCAAAGAGGAGCUCAACAUGAUCCAGGGGGCGCUAGAGCUAAGGACAAAGACUGUGGAGGAUGUGAUGACUCCUCUAGCUAACUGCUUCAUGAUCCAGGCGGACGCUGUCCUGGAUUUUAACACCAUGUCAGAGAUCAUGGAGAGCGGAUACACGCGCAUACCGGUGUACGACGACGAGAGGUCGAACAUCGUGGACAUCCUGUACGUGAAGGACCUGGCCUUCGUGGACCCGGAUGACUGCACCACCCUGAAGACCAUCACCAAGUUCUACAACCAUCCGGUGCACUUCGUGUUCCAUGACACCAAACUGGACGCCAUGCUGGAGGAGUUCAAAAAAGGUAAAUCCCACCUGGCCAUCGUCCAGAAGGUGAACAACGAAGGGGAGGGAGAUCCGUUCUACGAGGUGCUGGGCCUGGUGACGCUGGAGGACGUCAUCGAGGAGAUCAUCAAGUCCGAGAUCCUGGACGAGUCUGACCUCUACACCGACAACAGAAAUAGGAAAAAGGUCGACCCCAACAAAAACAAGCCAGACUUCUCAGCGUUUAAGAAUGACGGUGACGUUAAAGUGAAGAUCUCUCCUCAGCUCCUGCUGGCGGCUCAUCGGUUCCUGGCUACAGAGGUGAGUCUGUUCAGCCCAUUCCAGAUCACAGAGAAAGUCCUGCUGAGGAUCCUCCGACACCCCGACGUCAUCCAGGAGCUCAAAUUCAACGAGAAUGACAAACGCUCGCCGCUGCACUUCCUGUACCAGAAAGGGAAACCUGUGGACUACUUCAUCCUUAUUCUGCAGGGCCGAGUGGAGGUGGAAGCUGGGAAUGAAAACAUGAAGUUUGAAACCGGCCCGUUCUCGUACUACGGAGUCAUGGCUCUGAGCUCGCCGACCAUGGAGUUUCGUUCUCCGUCACACGGGGGCAACCUGAACCGCUCUGCAUCUCUCAGCUGCACUGAGCGCGCUCCAGACAGCGCUUCAGUGGGCGGGAGCAUCAACCAGCUUCCAGGGACGCCGUUCCAGUACAUCCCAGACUUCUGUGUGCGAGCUCUCACAGACCUGCAGUUUGUCAAGAUCACUCGUGCUCACUACCAAAACGGUCUCCUGGCAUCUAGGCUCGACAGCUCGCCUCAGACCCCAGACGGAAGUCACCCUCGUCUGGACACAUCCACCUCGUUGCCCCCGAUCACGCCACCGGGGACCCGAGCUCCACUGCCGCUGGCCACGCCUCCUGUGAAGCGUCAGCCGUCUAACACUCAACUGCCGCCUAGCAGCCGCGCUCUGCCACAAUCCGCGCCUGCAUCUGGCCGCAGACCCAGCCAGUCUCUGCCCCAAGCCACUCCCCCUCCAAGCAACCACACCCCUAUCUCCCAAACCCCCCUGAGCACAGCCCCCUCUAACCCCCAUCCGACUCUGACCUCGUCCAGGUCCCAGCAUUCCCCGCCCUCUGCCGGCUCGGAGAACGGGGCGGGGGAGACCACCACUCUGCUCAGUGAGCAGCAGAACUGUGUGGGCCCACGUAGAGCCAGCCACGGCCAGGCCCACCCCCAGCCACAGACGAGGACUUGUAGGACGUUUCCGGAGGACUGGAAAGGCUGAGAUAAAGAGAUUAACACGAAGACGACUGUAGCGGCUCACUCCUCACUCCUCUCUGUGGGUGAGCUCACUUUUAAGCUGCUAGCAUGUAAUCUACCUAUUUUUGUUUUCCUGUGAAUGCAGUGACACUGAAACAAUCAAAGUGACUGUAAAGAUGAACUAUUUUGCAGACGAUAUAGUGAUUUAUUCAGAAGAUAUAAAAAGAACAACUGUUAAAUAAGCUAGCACUGAUCUGAGAACACUUUAAACCCAUGAGUUGUUUUAGACUUUGUAGUCAAGUCUAUCAAACGGUGGAUAUUCCAGAGUGUUUCUCCUUUUUUUGGGAUGAUUUCCAAACUGGAUUACGAAGAGGACGACUAUUAAGCUGCCUAUACGGGGUGCCCAAAAAGCCCCAGGUUCACAGCUGGUUUGUGGUUAAAAAAGAUUUAUUUAUUGAAAGAUGAUUGGGGAUAUGCACAUCUAAAGCCCUAAAUCACCAUGUGAAGAGUAUAUUUAUUUUCUUACCUGUGGGGGGAGUCCUUGUGUCAAAUUCUAGUUGAAGGAUUUUUAUUUCCAGCAGGUUCUCAUGUCCAACUUGUCAAAAAUGGCAGCUUUGUUCGUGGCCCAACGCUUCAGAAUAUGCUAAAUUUGGUUCUCAUAUUAGCUUGUUUUUUGCAUGCUUGUGAAGUUGGAAAGUUGUAUUAUGAAGCCAAAUAUUAAGGCGAUGGAUUGGUCAAGAAAAAAAUGGGGUUAUUAUCCAAGAGACUGGGGUUUGACCCUGUUUCAAACUGUGGUCAAUGCUAAUUUCUCCGCUGGGGCUGAUUCCUUAUGUGGUUGCAAUGUAAGCUGCUUUGUAGUGCAUAAAAAUAUCCCUUAAUAGUGAAGUUAUGCAACUUAGAUUGACUGUUGCAUGUCAAACAUAUGAUUAGAAUUCUUCUCAGCCAUUGACUAUCUAUAUUAAUAUGGACGGUGCGUCUCUUUUUCCUGACAUUGUGAAGCCAGAACACCCAUUACAAUGGAUGCUGACAUUUUGUGAUAAUAAUACAGUUAGGAGGAUAGAAUUUCAAAAGACAACUGGCUGGUUGAACCGUAGAAUUGAUGCUACGCCCCUUUUUGCUAACCAGGCACAUUUGUUAUGGAUUGGUGCCAUAGACUAGAUAUUAAUAUUUUUAGAUCUUACGAAACAAACCCAUGUUCAGCCUAAUUUGUCAUGUUUCCGACUUUUCUUUUGCUUUUAACAACAAAUUAAAACAAAACUGUGUUGUCACAACAAAAUCUGCAUCUGAUAAAAAUGUAUUGAUGAGUAUUUUAACUUUAUAGUUUGACUCGUGUCCCACCUGUUAACAUGGAGGAGGCCUACUGAAGAGUCCAGAGUGAUCAUCCCCCCAUUCAGCCUUGAAACUGAAUGGUACUAGAUCAGAAAACAAUGAAAGGAACAAAUCAGACACUAUUGCAUUGUUUUUUCAACUAACCAAUUAAAACAACACAAUUUACAACAUGUGUUUGCAUCCUUAAUUGACAAAGGCAUGUAAAAGAGGAGCUAAAGAGGAGUGAAAUGGUCAAAUUUGGGUCCAGUGUUGUGUUCCUACCAGUGUAAAUUUCAUCGACUAAAAGUAUGAAUAAAAAAA